GGGCAAAGUGCAAAACAGCAGCUGAGGAAAGGAGAGGACAAGAACUGUGACAUAUGCUUACUUAAAAACACUCAGCAACUCUCUCUCAACGGGACUCAUCGAUUGCAACAGUGCCUCUCACCUCCGUGGACCGCUGACUGAGCCCGAGGCUAGAAGACUCUGAUUGUCAGAUAGUCCUUAGUGUUGUGGAGCUGUCCAGUGGUAACCAUGACGACUGCAGAGCCACCUAACGGACUGUGGCACCGAAACGUGAAGUCAGAUGAGAUCUCCAGUCAUGCCGAGGGCCAUAAUAAUGUGCAGGAAGAAGAGCUAAGACAGUGGCAGAAACAUGCACAGAAGGUGAAAGUGAAAGUUCUGGAGCAGGUCCAGGAUCAGCUCAGUGAUAUACUAGACAAAGCUCUGGCUGAGUCCGUCCAGCCUUUCACCCAAAUCCAACCAACAGUUAAUGGAAAGAUGACAAAAAAACCCUCAUCCAGAUCUCAGAGAAUGGAUGACGGCAAAGUUUUUAUGGCCAGGCCAUCACUGUUGGAUGAACUGUUUGAGAUCAACCACAUCAGGACCAUCUACCACAUGUUCAUAGCCGUACUCCUCAUCUUCUGCUUGAGCACACUGGCUGUCGACUACAUCGACCAGGGCAGGUUGGUCUUGGAGUUCGACCUGCUGUUCUUUGCCUUUGGGAAGCUGGGGACGGUCACCUGGGCCUGGGUUGUGAUGUUUGCCUACACCUUGUUUGUUCCCUACUACACCCUGGUGUUUUGGGGAUCUUUGUACCACAGCUUCCCCUCUAAGUUGGGGCUGUCUCUCGGCACAGGCUUGGUCCUGUCUGCAGUGCAGACCUAUGUACUGGGACAGUUCCCCAUCUACGUGGUUGUACACUAUCAGCUGCCACCAGCCUCACGGUUUAUUGUGAUACUAGAGCAGAUUCGAUUCCUGAUGAAGAGCUACUCGUUCAUGAGAGAAACUGCUCCUGUCGUUAUGAAGAAUACACCAAAGGAAGGAGAAAGUCCCAGAUUCCCAACAUUAUCCAGCUAUCUGUACUUCCUCUUCUGUCCAACACUCAUCUACAGGGAAUCAUAUCCUCGGAAUUCCCACAUAAGAUGGAAGUAUGUUGGCAUCACACUUGGUAUGAUCUUGGGAUGCCUGUUUUAUGGCUACUUCAUCCUGGUCCGUCUUUGUGUGCCCGUCUUCAGACCUGAGACCAACCAACCUUUUAGUAAACGAACACUGGUUCUAGCUGUGUUCCACUCAAUAUUACCAGGUAUAAUGCUCCUUCUGUUGUGUUUCUUUGCCUUCCUGCACUGCUGGCUCAACCUCUUCGGGGAGCUGCUGUGUUUUGCUGACAGGAUGUUUUACAAGGACUGGUGGAACUCUACAUCUUUCGCCAAUUAUUACCGUACCUGGAACGUUGUGGUUCAUGACUGGCUCUAUUACUACGGAUACAGAGACUUCCUCUGGCUGUCGAAAAGGAAAUUCCGAACAGCUGCCAUGCUCUCAGUGUUCAUCGUCUCUGCUGUCGUCCACGAGUACGCCUUCACAAUGGGCUUUGGCUUCUUCUAUCCCGUCAUGUUCUGUCUCUUUGCCGUCUUUGGAGUGGUGUUCAACUUUACCAUGAAUGACAAGCGUCAGAGCCCCGUUUUCAACGUCAUCAUGUGGGCGUGUCUCUUCGUCGGUCAGGGUGUCCAGGUGUGUCUGUACUGCCAGGAGUGGUACGCCCAGAUACACUGCCCUCGGACAGGGAAUAGUUUCCUGGAGUUGGUGACACCUCGGUCAUGGUCCUGCAGAUGAAGCAGCCUUUACCUUGGGUUGGAGUGAAAUUCAUGAUUGACUGAACCUAGAAGAGAGCAAGGAAGGACAACUUGAAAUGUAAAUAUAUAAGAUUUUCAGUUUUUAGUGGGUAAAGUUUUUUUGGGUCAAGAUGUGACUGUAUCUUUAUGUUGUUCAGGUGUGAUGAUAUCCAUACAUUGGUGAUGUAUCACAUCUGAAUUAUUUAAAGUUUUUAUUUGUACCAACAGUAUUAAAUACUGUUUAAUAAUUAAUAGUUAAACUUUCUUUCAUACUGCUCAUAGAAUAUCAUACAGUAAGCAAACUGUUGCAUAUUAAUCAAGGAGUAGCUUGUUUAUUGACCAAGUCUUUAUCGAGUGCAAAGUUUUAAGAAAAUGUCUACAUUGUACAUUGUGUGUAUGUAUUAAAUGUUAAUCAAUGAGCUGGUAGGCAGAUUCUUGACCUUUGGACAGAGCCAGGCUAGCUGUUUCCCCUGUUACCAGUUGUUAUGUUAAGCUUAUCACUUCCCGACUCAUCGGGUAAAAAUGUACUGUACAUAUUUUUCACGAGUACAAGAGAUCUUAAUUUCUUUACCUCCUUGAAUGUAACUCUUAGAAUUAUUAAAUGUAUUUAAAUGAUUUCUAAAUAAAAGAUGUAAUUGCAUUUUUAAUUCUCCUGUAUUUAAAGUAAAGCUAGAAUCCAAAACCUGAAACAAGACUCUUUUUAUUCUCGUCUUGUUGCAGCUUUGUGUUUUUGGUUUUAAUUUUUUAGUUCCAGAAGAUGUUUCACAGACGUGCCGAAUCAGUGACAACUUAGAACAGGUAUUGCCACAGUAAGGGCACCUGGCCUGCAGUGUGUGGCAUGUUUAAUCUAGCCUUGGUUGACAUUCGGCUGGCAGGGAUUGGUUGGGAGAGCAGGUAUGUUAACCAACCAACAACAGGCAGCAGUCUUAUCAGUCUGCCACAAAGCCUCUGUUUGUCUGCCUGCCACGUCCCUCUGAAGUCAUACAGGAAGAAGAGGAUUAACAUUGGUACAGUGUUUGCAUUAGUGAUGUAAUGCUCUGUAAACUGAUAUACUGUAAUACCAUGAGAGCUCAGUGAGGCACAGUUUCAGAGGCAGUUUUUAGUAGUAUAACUGAAUAUACUUGUGUCUACAUUUGACUAAAUAAAAUCAUCCAUUUCUUUUA